GGAGGAAGAGUUAGAUUUCAUGUUGAAUUCUAAAACAUUUCGUGAUCCUAUAAGUUUUUUUUAUAUUUUCAUUCUAACAAUUCUAGAUUCAACAUCUUAAAUAAUCAUAUCCACAACAGAGGAGAUCUCCUGUUAUAUGUUUUUUUUCGAAUCUAAUAUGUUAAUUUGUUAGUUAGUUUAUGUAGUUAGGGAAAUACUUUCUUAAAUGCUUCUUAUUCUUAGCACUGAUGCUAUAAGAAGCUCAUAUGAUGUCAUAACAAUCUUACAUUCAAAGUUAUGUGCAUACAUGCAUGCAUAAGGUUACCUACGUCAAAUCGGCCUAUACAAGAUCCUGAUCCUUUAGAGCACUUCUUCUUACCAAUCUAAAAAUAACUAAAGUAAAUAAUUGACUAUUACGUUAAGGUGGAAGGUCAAUUAGGUCUUAGGCUAGGCCAAUUACUUGUGAAUACAUAUGUGCAAUCUAUGUUCUUUCCAGCUAACAUAUUUUUAUGAAAUUAGAGUUACUUUCUAUGAACUGUAACUAAUUUAUAAAACUAAGUUCAUUUAUGAAAUAAACUCUUGCUUGUGUUUUUUUUGUGAAGUUUAUUUGAGUUACAUUAUGAAAAUUUGUAAACAAGCAUUUUCAUUUGCUUAAACUUCGUAAUGAUGAAAUGCUUGAUUCUUUUAUUUCAGCUACUAAAAACCAAUAUUGACCUGUUUGUGUGACAUAUAUAAGUUACUUGAUCGAUCACUUCUCAAGCAAAAUGCUGACUGAAUACAUGGCGAACCCAAAUGGGUUCGCGAACAUUCAAGUUGCCCCGUGCAGGGGACGAAUGUCUCUUCCACCUAAAGGUCCUUCGCAACCACUCUAUUAUGGUCCAACUCACACUGAUAAACAGGUCAAUAUGCCAAGAACUUGCUCUGAAGAAGUCUUAUUCGAGGAGCCACCAGCCUGGCUCGAGGAUCUCCUAAAUGAGCCAGAUUCUCCUGCUAAUAGAAGUCAUCGUCGUGCAGCUAGUGACUCUUGUACAUACUUUGGUGCAGACAGCAACGCGAAUGAGUUAUGGCUUAGAAACAUUAUAGGAACACGGCCUUGUAGUUUCCAAAUGCCGCGCUAUUUCAAUGGUGCACCUGCUCAAGGUUCAUUUGACAGGAAGAAAUCACAGUCAAGUACUCCUCCAUUAGUACCAAAUGGUCUCACAAACGCAAAGGAUGAUAGUGAUUGUAAGGCCUUAGGUGUGAUUUGUUCAUCUGAACUAGAUAGAGUUAAAUCUUCUAGGAAUGAAACAGAGAACCAAUGUGAUACUACUGUUACUUCGGGAAAUUCUUCUGGAGGAAGUGAUAGCUCCCACAUGAAACCACCUAAUACUGAUGCAAAACGUAAACAGCAUAAUGCUCGAAGAUCGCGUGUGAGGAAGCUUCAAUACAUUGCAGAGCUAGAGAGAAAUGCCCAAGCUUUGCAGGUGGCAGGAGCUGAAGUAUCAGCACAGUUGGAAUUUUUUGACCAGCAAAAUGUUAUACUUGGGAUGGAGAAUAGAGCUUUAAAGCAACGUUUAGAGAGUUUAUCUCAGGAGCAUUUCAUAAAAUCAAUGGAACAGGAAAUCUUGGACAAAGAACUUGCUAGGCUUCAAUAUUUGUACCAUAUGCAGCGAAAUAUGAACCAUCAUCAGCAACGGCAACAACGACGAAAACAGAAUCCUGCUGUUCAUCGUCGUGGUCGGAGUUAUAAUGACCUCGAUUCUCAGUUUUCUAGGGUUAAUAUACAUCCUCCAAGAGCUGUUGUGGCCAACAACGCGACCCUUCAGUAAUCGCUCUAGAUUGUGAAUUGUGAUAUUUUACUGUAGGUUUAUCCCUUGAACUUUGUGGUUUUACAAGUUUGUCUAUGUAAAUCAUUGAAGUUCUCUAGCUUAUAAUUUAUUGUAAUUAAUUUAGGGGUUCAUAUUGGAGUUAGAUGCUAUCAUAAUUUAUGUAUUAGUUAUUAAUAAUGUAGAAACUUCAAUGUAAGUUUAUUGUAUGGUUGUGAAUAUAUAUUUAAGUUGAGAGAUAAGAAUGCAGU